CUUGAGGGGGGGCAACUCGGGGGGGGGGCUGUGCCACGUGACUCCUAAACCUUGCGGGAAAGACACGUGACCUCCCCAUUCCCACCUCGGGGAGCGCACGUCCCCCUGCCCCACCUUCUACAUGGGAUGCCACGUGACCCCCUGCUGGCGGGAAGGGCCCUUGACCGUCCCCUCCACGGGGGGGGGGGGGUACGUCCCUUCCCCCAAUCCAUCCCGGGGGGGCACCUGCCUCCCUUCCCCCCCCCAUGGACGGAGCUAUGCCCCCCCCAGUGGUGAUGGAGAGGGUGUCCAUGCCCAAUCGCCCCCUCCUGCGCCUUCAGGAACUGGCUUAAAAACAAAACGAGCAGAUUUUAUAUCUCAGGAAAGCACCGAGCACCCACCCAGAUCCACUGACCCCGGCUGGCUCAAAGGGUGCUGAAAAGCAGCUCGCCCUCAGAGCCCAGGCCUGGAAACUUCCCUGCAAAGCCCAGAGCUACAGCCAGCAGGGGCUGGAAUGGAAAUGGUCAGGGGUCAGGCUAGCUCUGGCACCGAGAUCCAUUCUCAUCACUAACCUGAUUAUGAUCUAUGGGUACCUUGAAAACACUGCGUACCACAGCGUUCUGUCCUCUCACAGGCUUUAAGAUCAGGAGGGACCAUUAUGAUCAUCUAGUCCGGGAUGGGCAAACAUUUUGGCCCGAGGGCCACAUCUGGCCGCCAGCUCUCCUCUACACCGCUGGAAAUCCUGCUCUUCCUCAAUGGAUGGUAUUAUGCCACUUACUUCCUCCUGGAGAUCUUCAUAUUCGUCUAUAAAGGGCUGCUGUUACCAUACCCCUCUGCCAACCUGGCCUUGGAUCUGGUCAUGCUCUUCCUCUACCUCGGCAUUGAAGUCACUCGGAUAUUUUUUGGCUCCAAGGGGAACCUGUGCCAGCGGAAGGUGCCGCUCUCCAUCAGUCUGGCCUUGACAUUCCCGGCAGCAGUGAUGGCAGCCUAUUAUCUGCUGCUGCAGACCUACGCCCUGCGGCUGGAGGCCAUCCUCAAUGCCAUCCUGCUGCUCUUCUACGCUGUCGAGCUUCUCCUGGGCAUCCUCACCCUGGCCUCCUUCUCCAGGGUGGAUUCAUACUAAGGCUCCGUCCUGGCUGUUCUGGGCCAGACAAGGCGACGCGUUGCCCCAGCGCCUGGGCCCGAGGCCACACGUUCCCUCCCUCCACGGCUGGUCUGAUGGCUGCAUCUCAGCCCCUCGGAGCAGAGCUAGACCCAGCCACAGCCUCGUUCCACAUCAGCCCCUCCUGGGCAGGAAGCCACCACUGGAAGCCCAGCGACUUGGAGAGAGACUUUAACUUGCAUCCCACUUCUGGCGCCUCAUGAAGUAGCCAUUCCGUGUGCCCAGGCAUCACUCACCCGCUGCAGGCACCACCCUUCCCCACCUGCCUGGCAGUCGGGGGGAGGAGGGGGAGAGGCUGCUGGGAGCUGUCAUGGAUUCUAUUCCAGCCCCUACAGCCAGGGCUUAGAGUUUGUCUGAGCCCACGCACACCUGGCCAGGUGGCCCCUGGCCCAGACCACACCCCCAUGGAUCAUGCCUUCACCUUCUGUGUCCUCCCAUUUCAGCAAAGGGGCAGACACCCAGGGCCCCCUCCCCUAAGUAUUAAUAAGCUCCUGUCUAUCGCAUGUGUGACUGAUUGGGAGGUGCUUCCACCCACUCCCCCAGAUUCAGUGUUAUUUGCUGUAGCAGUGACUCAUUGCACUCCCCCCCCCUCCUCUGGCAUCCUCCGAAUCAAUACUAUUUUCCAAUAAAUAUUUAUUUUUCUGCUA